GUGCCUUAUAAAGUGCGCGUUAGUUUAAGCCGUCGAUUAUAAUCAAACUCACAUGUUAACUAUGGGGAUAAUUGUUAUUAUUCUCACUGAAAUUUUGAUUAUAAAAUCUACGAUAACUAUGAUUUUAUUGUAGACAUGAUGACUGCGGAGAAAGAUUGAAGCAGCCGUCCUUGGUUAAUCAGGAUAAGACGUAAGGCAACGAAGGAGAAGAAUGAUGAUUGAGAGAUGUCAUAUAUAUCACCUUGUGGCACCUUGAUAUUGCAUUUCAUAUGAUGGACCUAAAUUUUCAGGUACCGCUUUCCUGCUUGUUAUGCAAAACACACAUCUACCAUGAAAAUCUGCUUUUUCACCCGUUCUGAUUCGCCAAAUUUUAGCUAGUCCCAAGGGAUUUCGAGAAAAGCGAGGCGAGCGUAGAUUGGCUGUUCCAGGGCAACACCGAUUUUGUUUACAUGUAUUGGAUUUCCUAUCGACUUGAAUUUAAUGUUUGACUGUGUAAAUGUGAUUGAAUACUAUUGUUAAUGCACAAUAAUAUUGGUCCGAUCUCCGAAUUGUUAUGCUAAUCACUUGUUUCCAGUCUCCUUUUUGUGGUUUGUACGAGAAGUUUAAACAGUAUAACAUGACGGACGGGUGAACAUGGCGGCCGAACGAACAUCAGAGUCCCUUUUUCUAGCAAUGCCAACAUAUGAUUGCUAUGAUCACACAAAGAGAAUAAGAAGGGACAGCCAUCAGCUACCAUCAAUAGACAUUGCCAACAGUUUUUCGUAUAGUUCUGGCUUUGAACUUAGCAGCCCUAACUUUGCAAGCAACAGUUUCCAAGAGAAAGAUACGAAUUGCGUCGACCAAUCCACAUUGCAUUCAAACGGCUCCCUUGCAAAAUACUCGCGAAACCAGGCAUUUGAAGCGUUUUACAGUUCCUUAAAGGCAAGUGAUCUCAGCAGUUAUAUUGGCUUCAACAGUAUUCUGUCAGGAAACGCACGAUCGAUACAAAAUGCCAUUGAGAACCACAACAUGCCGCCUUCUCGAGUUGUGCAUUGCAGAGCCGUGGCAGAUGGCUGCAAAGAAACGGAUAUUGUCGCAGCUAUGAAACAAUUUGGCAAAAUAAGGGCUCUGACAUUGAUGCCAAAGCUUCGACAAGCUCUGAUUGAGUUCGAGACUCUAGAAUCGGCCACGGCUUGCAUUAAGUUUUCCAAGGUAAAUCCGAUAAUGGUUCUUGGUAGGCAGAUGUACGUGAAUUUCUCAAAAAGCCAGGAAAUUAACAGGGAUUUCAGUGGCAGCAGUGGCACGCUUGUGGAGACGCCCACCAAUGUUCUCUUGUUCACCAUCAUCAAUGCAAUUCAUCCAAUCAACGUGGACGUGAUAAAGAAAAUUUGUUCAAAUCAUGCCGAGGUUCAGCGGAUUGUGAUUUUUCACAAAAACGGCCUUCAGGCGCUUGUAGAAUUUGGGACAUCAGAGGAGGCACAAGCGGUGAAGAAAUCACUCAACCGACGUGAUAUUUACGCUGGUUGCUGCACUUUGAAAAUUGAUUUCUCCAAGACUGGUCGACUAAAUGUCCAUGCGAAUACAAGUGAAACUUUUGACUCGGCCAUCGACAACCAAAGCCAAAGGGCAAUUUUAGAGCUGCUGUCAAAUGACCGUGAUGGAAACUACUUUGCGGAACGCGGAAUAUCCAACAGCAGCUACUCGUCAUCCAGUUAUACCAAUGGAAGCUUGGGUUCUUCAUCGCCUGGGCCGAGUCCAUCUUUUCCGAUCGGGCAGGCUUCAAGUGAUCCAGCGAUCGAGGAUUCGGUUAUGGAGUCAAUUGGCAGCAGAUCAUCCACAUACAAAGCAGCUCAGAAUGACAUCAUUGCAAAGGCCAUUGCAAAGCAUGGAAGCUCUGCGUUGAACUCAAUACUCUCAGACACAGGCAUUCUCAAUAGUUUGAUUGACACAAACAACACCAACAACAGUUCUUCAAGCAUUCUCGGUAUCCAACCAAACACAAAUGGCAGUGCCUUCGCCUCCUUUGGCAAAAGCCUUAGCUUAGCCGGAGGAGAGGGAUGCGUAGCUAUGGUGUAUGGGGUGAAUUUGGAAAGGAUGAAUUGCGACAAACUCUUCAAUUUGUUUUGUUUGUAUGGCAAUGUGGUCAAGGUGAAGGUUUUAACAAACAAAGUCGGUGCUGCAAUGAUUCAAUACACAGAUAAAAUGUCGACGGAUAUCGCGAUCCGGAAUCUUAACAACCUGACGCUCUUCGUGAACAAAUUCCAAUUAUCAUUUUCGAAGCACCCAUUCAUUGCCGAUGCAUCUCAAAUCUCACGGCUCCCAGACGGCUCUCCUUCUGCUGUCAAUUAUGCUGACUCAAGAAACAACCGUUUCAAAUACAUUCCUGGAGGAGUUGACAUCUUUUCACGUAUACAUCCACCAUCAAAAGUGCUGCAUUAUUUCAAUGCCCCUGCAGACUGCACCGAAGAGCAGCUCAAAGAGGUAUUUGCAGCCGUCAAUGCCGAGAUUCCACUGAAGCAAGCUACCUUUGCAAAAGGCCAGCGCAGUGUCGAGGCAGUUAGUAUGCUGAGUCAAGGGAAAUCGUCAUCUGGAUUGCUUGAGUUUAGCUGCGUGCCGACUGCUGUGGAGGCACUUAUACUAGCCAAUCACUUCACCAUGCACAGAGAUGGUGGAGGUGCGUACACUUUGAAGCUGGCUUUUUCACCGAGCAGCACAAUUAACAAUUGAGAAAGCCACAGGGAGCACAGAUAACACCAAUAGCAUGAUGUUAUGAAAGUUACUUGGUAGCAAUGUAGUGAUCAGAUGCAUUUGGUGAGAGAGGCCGUUGCUAAUUUCUUAAUGUCAGAGCACAGAAUUUAAAUAUUUUGUAUUUUCCACACGAAUCUCGUUCAAGUUUCUCACGUCUAAAUUUGCAAUAUUUUUUUACUCAUCUCUUCGCAAUUCGAGAAUUUGAACUUUUCUUUUUAAAUUUUUAUCAAUAGUCGUUUUAUUCAUAGUGUGCAUUCAAUUCAAUUCAUUGUUAACAAACGCACCGUCGUAAAAAUCAAAAUCGCUUACUUUGUCAAAUGGCGAUAAAAGUAACAUCUUGUGCAAGGCUGCAAUAGCGAAAAGGUGUUGCUUGCAAGGCCAAACAUAAGUUAUAUUUCCAGAUUCGUGUCCAUUACUACAGGAAAAGCCAUGUCUUAUUCUCUUGGAAAUUUUUCAACAAAUUAAUUCAAAGUUCCUUUUGUCAAUGAGUUAGAAAAACAUACUUUUUAAUUGUGAAACUGUGACCCCCCGUCUUUUCGUUAUUGCAGGUCAUUUUGCUAUUAAAUGGUUUUGUUAGUGUUGUCCCCCUUUCCUUAAACGUAUCGUAUGUAGGUAAACAUGCAAAAAGUGAAUCUUCAUAGAAGAUUUAUCGUCGUCCAUCAUUUUGUUAUAUACUUCUUAAUUACUUUCGUUGUGCAAGGUCAACCAUACCAGUGAUGUAAUACUUACAGUUCGCAGAACUUAUCACGUCUCCAGUUUUCACAAUUUGACUUUCUUGCUGCAAAAACGAUGUUUAAACAGUAGAUUGGUAUCGAUAUCUUGCACGGCCACGGUUACAAAUCUUUCAAAUGUUUUCGUGAAUUACGCACGACAUGAAGGUUAAAGGCAGUACGUCGCGCCGUUCAUGGUUUAUCGAUGCAAAAAAAAAAAUUUAUAUUUCAGUGAAUUUUCAUUUCGUAACAAAGGACGCCUUUCACUUGCUAUUGACCAGUUCUACUAAUUUGUUACGCUUCUCUAAUUUCGAGGACCCUCGAAAUUCAACAAAAAAUUGCCAAUGGACAGCGCGACAUGCUGCUUUUAAACCUUCUCAAUGUUUUGAUUAUGUAGUAUUCUUUUCGUUACGUAAGACGUGCUUAAUCUCACAAACUCCGAAUGAGUAUGCCUCUUUAAAAGCUUAUCCUGGAUUGGCAGGGCCGGCGAAACAGGGGGGGGGGGGCGGGGGGCCAUGGCCCCCCCA